CCAAAAUUUUGAAAUUCGCCGCCUCACCAAAGCCUUGAUGUUCAACCUCAAAGUCAACGUAGACAAACAUUUAUUGCAACAACAAAAUGUCACUUUCUACGAUCUCAUCUGCGGCUUUCCGCUCGAUGACUCGAGUCUCUCGGCCAACAUCAAAAUUCAUACCCCUUUCUACUCGUCGUCCUGGGCAGAUAUCUAGAUUACAGCCUCUCUCGAACCGCUUCUUCAGCUCAGAACCUCCUCCUUCAGCAAACACGCCUGCACCAACACCCGAACCACGACCCGCGCACGCACCUCCUCUACCCAAACAAACCUCAAACACAAAUACUACCUAUCCGUUUCCCUCAAAACCAGAAUACGAAAUGACGUUCACAUGCAAACCCUGCUCAACACGGAGUUCACAUCGAGUCAGCAAACAGGGAUACCAUUAUGGGAGUGUGUUGAUCACUUGUCCGGAGUGUAGAAAUCGACAUGUCAUCAGCGAUCAUUUGAAUAUCUUUGGGGAUAAGCAUAUGACGAUUGAGGAUUUGAUGCGGGAGCAGGGACAGCUGGUUAAGAGGGGGACGUUGAGUGAGGAUGGGAAUGUGGAGUUUUGGGUUGAUGGGAGUGUGACGAAGAGGGGUGAGGGUGCUGGGGAUGCUGUUACUGUUAAGGACAGUGCGGAGGAGACAGCGAAAGGAUCUUGAGGAAACGAUGUGAUGAAGAGUGUGGGAUCACCAAUGUUGUACAAAAUGUGGAAGGGAUGGAUGUACAAUGAACAAACUUGACGACUUCAGCGGCAUAUUGGAUGGCGUUCUGCAAUCGGGAACCUGGAACUGUAGGUAUGUUGUAUGGAUAUAUUGUGGCUCAAAGUCACAUAAAAGUCAUGGUGAAAGGAUCGAUCAGUCACAAAAUAAUGUUAUUUUAUUGUCCGCUCAGCAUUUAAUGCCACUCCACAAACGCAAGCAAUGCAUCAAAAUAGUCCUCCAAGACGCCACGCAAUGCAACAAAAUGAUCCACGCUACUAAGUCUCAGUACUCAUGCCUCCUACUCCUAUGCUCAGCACCCUUCUCCUUUCUCCUCUCCUUCUUCCGCUCUCCCUUCUUCCUCUUGACCUCCCCGUAUUUCUCAGGUUCCUUUACAGCAUCAAUCUUCCUCUUACUCGUCCUCUGCAGUCGCCUCUCCUUGACACCUUC